AUGUCUGGCCAAAUAUUCACUACAGUCAGGAUCAAUACAAACAAGAAUCGUCAUUCGAACAGCCCAGUUGACGAGGAUCCAGACGCGUUGCCUGGUGCCUCGGAAAAAUCACCGCCUGUGGGCGUGGAAAUCAUCUCAUCUGGUAGCACUGCCGUCAAUCUCACAACAGGUGAUAGUUCCAGCCAAGAUGGUAAACAGUCGCUAGUCCUCAAAGGUGCCCAGAUUGAGAUCCAGGAGUCAGAGAACUACGACCGGCUGCCUUUCUCAUACCCUUGGUGGAAGAAAUGGACCAUCCUGGUCAUCAUAUUCUUCGUACAAGUCUCUAUGAACUUCAACACAAGUAUCUAUGCCAACGCUAUCGGGCCCAUGGCUGACCACUUUUCAAUCACCGAAGCCACCGCCAGACUCGGUCAGAUGGCAUUCCUGAUUGCAUAUGCGUUCGGUAGUGAACUCUGGGCUCCAUGGAGUGAAGAACUAGGUCGCUGGCCUGUUAUGCAGCUUAGCCUGCUUCUGGUCAAUAUAUGGCAGGUUCUAUGUGCUGUUGCCCCCAAGUUCUCCUUUAUAAUUGCCGGUCGAACCUUGGGAGGUCUGUCGUCCGCUGGAGGUUCCGUUACCAUGGGAAUGAUAGCGGACAUGUGGGAGCCGGAUCAGCAGCAGUAUGCGGUCGCCUUUAUUGUUCUUUCUUCUGUUGCUGGUUCUGUCGUUGGCCCCAUUGCUGGAGGGUUUAUGGAAGUCCGCCUCCAUUGGCGAUGGAAUUUCUGGAUCCAGCUCAUCCUCGGAGCCGCCGUUCAGCUUGCUCAUUUCCUUCUUGUACCGGAAACUCGCUCAACCAUCGUCUUAAAUAACUUGGCGAAGAAGCAGCGGAAAUCAGGAAUAGCUAAUGUUUACGGCCCACUCGAGCUUCGUGGAGCGAACCUCUCCCUAAAGGAGGUCGUUACGAUCUGGGUUCGCCCAUUUAGCAUGUUUAUCCGCGAACCAAUUGUUUUGUUCCUUUCACUCUUGAGUGGAUUUAGUGACGCCCUUAUCUUCACCUUCCUCGAGUCAUUUCAACCGGUCUAUAGUCGAUGGGGAUUCAGUACUAUCCAGAUUGGCCUUGCCUUUAUUCCGAUCAUGAUCGGAUACUUCCUUGCUUACUUCUCAUUUUUCCCUGUGAUUAUGAAAGAUAAAAGAGCCAUGUCAAGGAAUCCCGACGCUCUUGAUCCUGAAUCACGGCUCUGGUGGCUUCUUUUUACUGCUCCCCUGGAAACUAUUGGCCUCUUUGGAUUUGCUUGGACUAGCAUGGGUCCGCCAAAAGUGCAUUGGUUCGCUCCGAUGUUUUUUUCAAUGCUGAUUGCAAUUGCAAACUACUGCAUUUAUAUGGCGACAAUAGAUUACAUGGUCGCGAGCUAUGGCCCAUACUCCGCCUCAGCAACGGGCGGCAACGCUCUAGCCAGAGACUUUUUAGCAGGUAUUGCUGCCCUCUACUCUACGCCGAUGUACCGAAACAUAAAGCACAAGUACCACCUCGAAGUACCCUCCACCAUUCUCGGGUGCAUCUCUUUCCUAGUCACGGUUCCUAUUUACAUCUUCUACUGGAAAGGCCCCGUAAUACGUGCAAGAUCAAAAUUUGCCCAGGGUGUGGCUCGCAAUAGAAAGGAGCUUAGGCACCGUCGUGCUAUCCACGAGAGAAGCUCAGUUGAGGCUGGGAAGUCGACUGAUGUCUAG